UUCGAGUCGACUUUCAAGGUGUUCGUUUACUUGAAGAAAUUGUAUCAUCAUGACUGGCCGUGGAAAGGGAGGAAAAGGAUUGGGAAAAGGAGGAGCGAAGAGACAUAGGAAAGUACUUCGUGAUAAUAUCCAGGGUAUCACCAAACCCGCUAUUCGACGAUUGGCAAGACGUGGCGGAGUUAAGAGAAUCUCUGGCCUGAUUUACGAAGAGACUCGAGGUGUACUCAAGGUGUUCCUUGAGAACGUGAUCCGUGAUGCUGUUACCUACACGGAGCAUGCAAAGAGGAAAACUGUAACCGCAAUGGACGUUGUCUAUGCUCUGAAGCGUCAAGGAAGAACGCUCUACGGAUUUGGAGGUUAAAUUCCAUCAACGUACUCCAAAACAAAUCUUAAACAAACGGCUCUUUUCAGA